CGCCUACGACCUCGUGAACUGGCUGCUGCACAUGUCGUUCGUCGAUUCCGGAAAGCUCGGGUUUUACGCGGGCGGUCUGCUCACCACCGCCGCGUUUUACGGACUGGGCGCAUUCUGGCGUCGCCAUUCGUCCAUCACUCCCAGCGCCCUCGUCAAGGUGCUGAACAGCCAACUGCAAAAGAAUCCCCGCGUCAUUGAGAAACUGGGAGCGGAUCUGCGGCCGGCAAAGUUCACCGCCUACGCGUACUCUGGUGGCCUUCGCUACGGCAAGGACGUCGAGGGAUGGUUCCCCGUGGCCUAUUCGACGCCAGUGCUCGAGCUCAUGUACCAGUUGAAUGGAAACAAGUCCUCGGCAAUGGUCAGCACAAAGGUCAGCAAAAAGAACGGCCAGCUCGUCUACCAUUCGCUUGCGCUGGACACGAAUCUCGGCGAAACCCUCCUGAUCUACGGCACCCAAGCGGAUGUCGUGUACAAGGGCAUUGUUCGUCUUCGCUGAUUCUGCCACGUGGUUUUUUCUCUCUCUUUGUUGUCUUUAAAACGAAAAAGCUCGAAACAACAACCAAAAAUUCAGGC